GGUUUCUGAAUCGCCGCCACUUUACCAAUCAACGUUGUUUCGUAUGAUAUUCUUCCUUCCGUUUCUGCUUUUUCUCACAAAACGGCGUCCUUAUAAUAUCCAUUUUCCAUUCCCGCCGUCACGUUCACUUCCAAAAUACCCCACUCCUAUUCUCCUCACUCAACCGCCAUUACCCACUCCAUUCUAGGGUUUUCUUCCAACUUCUCCUCCCUCGCCUCUCUCUUUCCCUCUUUCCCCAUUCUACGUUUUUUUAUUCUAAAAUCGGAUCGACCUUUUUAUUUGAACAUUUAAUCAAAUCUUCUUCCAUCGCUUGUUUGUUUGUUAGUUUGUUUCGCUUUAUGCUUUUAUUCUCAAACUUCACUCUUACUUUUUGAUCUGAGAUUUAGAGAUGAAGCGGUCGAGGAAAUCCAAGAGUGUUUCGUGGCCUCAUGAUCUUAAUCUUUGUCAGGUGAAGUUAUUCUCAUCAGAGGACUGCCCAUCACAAGUUGGGCUGAAAUCUUGUGAACCUCUCCAAGCAAAAACCUCCUGGAUGUUGCCUCCCCAUACUAAAGAACCUAAUUGUCCUCCUGGAUUCAAUAUUACUGACUUGGGAAACCAAUUAGUAGAUAUUUCUGGCAUUCCUUUGAUCAAGUGGAAUUGUCCUCCCAAGUUUGUUAUGAGUUGCCACUGGCGUGUGACAGCAGGAGAUGAAAGUACAGAGAUAAAAACUCAAAAUUUUAGGGAAAUGAGAUUGCUGGAGGCAAUUUAUCCCCGGGCUUCCGAUAUCCCCACUGGUGCGAGUGUUUCUACAGAGAUUGAAAGUGAAACUUACAAUGAUAGCCUCACUCCUCUUGUCCCUAUCAUUCCUAUUGAAGAGGAUGAAUGUGGGGAUAUGAAGUUAGAUUCAGGUCCCGUUGGAAACUUAUCUACGAACUCUGAGCAGAUGAUGGCUAGUUCCCAUGUUCAGUUGGAUCCUGCAAUCCCGAAAAGUUCCAUCGAAACAUCAUCAGUAGCAGCAGGGGAAAAGCCGUCUGAAAAGCUAGUUGAUGUUGGUGUGGACGUAGUAGCUGCUGCCUCUGCUGCAUUUGCUGUUUUAAUGAAAAGCAAGGAGCAGGGAAGCUUGAUCGACACCAACUUGCUUAUUAAGAUUUUCAGUGAUCCAACAAUGAUUCAGAAUUUGACUAACACUCUUCCUCUAUUUGAAUUAGUCUCUGAUAGUCCACCCGCUGCACCAAUAUCCGUGUCAAAGCCAGGGACCAGAUCGAUUUCCUUGUGUAUUCCAGAAUCCAAUACUAUACCAAAGCUCCCAAAUGCAAACUCAUUGCAUGUGUUGAAUAAAGAUCCAUCUUCAGAAACUACAGUUCCGCAGGUGAUUAACAUUGCAGCAUCUAACGUAAAGCCAGCCUCUGUCCCAGGCCACUCUCCCGCACCCAAUCCCCAGAAGGUAAAAACCACUAUAUCAAAUGUUGGUAACUAUUCUAGAACUGGUGCAGUCUCUAGCCAAGUGGACAUAGCACAGGUAAACAUGGUGAAAAAAGGUCAGAUAGUGAAGGAUGCUAACUAUUAUAAGAACUUGGUAAGACAACACGGUGGAGAUCAGAAGGAUGGUAAGGAACUGAAAAUUGGAUUAAAUGGUAAUAAUCAGAAUGAAUAUAAUCUUAAUAUGGUGCACGAGAUGAAAGCAGAACAUUUAAAAGCCAAGAAUCAGAAAUAUUGCAUUUACUUUAACAGUUCAAAAGGAUGUCGAAAUGGUGUUAAUUGCCAAUACAAACAUGAUAUGUCACAAAAUAUGCGCAUUAACCACAUAUUGGAGACUCGUGGUGCUAAGAGAAUGAAAUUGUGGGGUUGAAGAUACAGGCAGGGAGGAGUAGAUUUUGGGUAAAUUCUUUACUAAGAAUUUUGGUUAUUUUUGGAGGUGGGGAAAUUGGUAUGAAUUUCAAUUUUCAAGGAAAUAUAUGAAAAGACAAAGUUACUGAUUUUAUUUAGAAAAUCUUAUUAGAGAAAUCAUUGAUGAAUGAUUUAGAGAAUCUCAUGUUCAAUGCUCUCUUUCGAUUAUGGUGAGGCAUUGCUUAUUGAGUUUA